UUUAAUUCAUCCCACUUAUCUCUGCAAUCAAAUAAUACCAGUACUAUCAUUACAAAUGGCUGCUAAAGCUCCCACCAUUCCUCUUCUCACUCCUUACAAAUUGGGGAAGUUCAAUCUAUCCCAUAGAGUAGUUUUGGCGCCAAUGGGCAGAAACAGAUGUUAUGGCUAUGUUCCUCAGCCACAUGCUAUCUUGUACUAUUCUCAAAGAACCUCCAAAGGUGGCCUUCUAAUUGCUGAAGCCACCGCAGUUUCCGACACUUCUCGGGGGUUUCCGGAAUCACCAGGCAUAUGGACAACAGAGCAAAUUGAUGCAUGGAAACCCAUCGUAGAUGCUGUUCAUGCAAAGGGGGGAAUCUUUUUUUGUCAACUUUGGCAUGUUGGAAGGGUUUCAAAUCAAGCUCCAAUUUCUUCAACUGACAAACCUUUGACCCCACAAAUUCCAUCUAAUGGAACUGAUGUUCCACAGUUCGCUCCUCCAAGGCGGCUGCGGACAGAUGAAAUCCCUGGAAUUGUCAAUGAAUUUAGGCUUGCAGCAAGGAAUGCUAUUGCAGCUGGUUUUGAUGGAGUUGAGAUCCAUGGAGCUCAUGGUUUCCUAAUCGACCAGUUUAUGAAAGAUCAAGUGAAUGAUCGAACGGACCAAUAUGGUGGAUCCCUUGAAAAUCGUUGCCGAUUUGCUCUGGAAAUAGUUGAAGCCGUCGCUAAUGAGAUAGGAGCUGAACGGGUUGGAAUAAGGCUAUCUCCUUUUGCAGACUAUUUGGAAUCUGGAGACUCGAAUCCAAAAGAACUGGGACUUUACAUGGCUGAAUCUUUAAACAAGUAUGGGAUUCUCUAUUGUCACAUGGUUGAGCCAAGAAUGAAGACAGUUGCGGAAAAAUCUAACACUCCCGACAGUCUUCUGCCUAUGAGAGAGGCUUUUAAGGGUAGUUUUCUUGUUGUUGGGGGUUACGAUAGGGAAGAUGGAAACAAGGCAAUCGUAGAAAACCGUGCAGAUCUUGUUGUUUACGGUCGUCUGUUUUUAGCCAAUCCAGAUUUGCCUAGAAGAUUUGAGCUCGAUGUUCCUCUCAAUAAGUACAACAGAGAAACAUUCUACACCUCCGAUCCUGUUGUUGGUUACACUGACUAUCCAUUUCUUGAAGAUUCUGCUUAGAUCUCCACAAGAAAUCUUAAUAGUCUAAAGUGAUCCCUCUUCUAAAUCCUAUGUUUUUUUUCCUUGAAGUUGUUUCAUUGUGUUGUACAAGUGCAAUGAAGAUAUGCUUAUAGAUUUAUAAUAUAAUAAUUUUGUCA